UUAGUUGGGCGUGUGAGGAAAGAGCGCAUGCGCAGUGCGAGAGAGGCCUGACAGCGGCGACAUGCAGAAGUACGAGAAGCUGGAAAAGAUAGGAGAGGGUACUUAUGGCACCGUGUUCAAAGCAAAGAACCGUGAGACCCAUGAGAUUGUGGCUCUGAAGCGCGUGAGGCUGGAUGACGACGAUGAGGGGGUCCCCAGCUCCGCUCUCCGGGAGAUCUGCUUACUGAAGGAGCUGAAGCACAAGAACAUAGUAAGGUUACACGACGUCCUGCACAGUGACAAGAAGCUGACGCUGGUCUUUGAGUAUUGUGAUCAGGAUCUGAAGAAAUACUUCGACAGCUGUAAUGGCGACUUGGACCCAGAAAUUGUAAAAUCCUUCAUGUAUCAGCUGCUGAAAGGUCUGGCGUUCUGCCACAGUCGUAACGUUCUGCACCGAGACCUCAAGCCCCAAAACCUGCUCAUCAACCGGAACGGAGAGUUGAAGCUGGCGGACUUCGGUUUGGCUCGGGCGUUUGGUAUUCCGGUUCGCUGUUACUCCGCUGAGGUGGUGACUCUUUGGUAUCGUCCUCCUGAUGUGCUGUUUGGUGCUAAGCUUUACUCCACGUCCAUAGACAUGUGGUCGGCCGGCUGCAUCUUUGCAGAGCUGGCGAAUGCUGGGCGGCCGCUGUUUCCGGGAAAUGAUGUAGACGACCAGCUGAAACGGAUUUUCCGAUUACUGGGAACCCCGACUGAGGAGCAAUGGCCGACCAUGACCAAACUGCCGGACUAUAAGCCCUACCCCAUGUAUCCGGCUACUACGUCUCUAGUGAAUGUUGUACCCAAGCUGAACGCCACUGGAAGAGACUUGCUACAGAACUUGCUGAAGUGUAACCCGGUCCAGAGGAUUUCGGCGGACGAGGCGCUUCAACAUCCGUACUUUGCAGAUUACUGCCCCCCAUAAUGCACCCCAGAGGCUGCUUCCCAUCCCCCUCCCUUUUCCUGGUCUUACAUCUUGUCGAUUACUUGCCCACCCUGCACGGCCACCUACCCCCAGACUCCUCCCAGCCCCCCCAUAUUAGACUGUAACGGAGACCUACCUGCGUCCUCGUUAGUGUCCAGGUCACUCAGGUGAUAGCAGUGCAUCCUGGGUAGGCGGGGCUUGUUGGUGCAGGCUCCACCCAUUUUAGUGGGUGGAGUCCUCUACCAGUGGAAUAGGGCCAGUCAUUGAUACAAUAAUUGAGCGUCUCAGGAGGGUGGGGCUUACUGUUUCUGGGAGGAGCCUGUUCAUAACGGAUAAUCUGUGAAUCAUGUGGGUGCAGCCCAGCAGGGGGCAAAUGAGCGAAAGCAUUCCAGUCAUACAGCCUUCCAUCAGGCUCUCGAAACCUCCCCUCCCCCUAAUUUAUUUUACCCCUCCCCCACUGUAGGCGGAGUCCUCGCAGUACCUCCCUCUUGUAUAUUUUAAUGUACAUUUUUGGAUGAUUUGUAUGCAUUUUUUUUUUCUUUUACUCUGUAAAUGUCCGCCCAGUUUCCAGAGAAAUGCAGUUUUAUUUUACAGACAUUUCUGAGUUUGUGUUUUUUUUAUGUCCUUUCUUACAUUUUGCGUUUCAUUGGUAAAUGUGAUGUUGGGAAUAUCAAUUUAUUCUGGAUUAUCGGAGGCUGGUGUGUUGGAAGCAGGAAAAAAAGGGCGCAGGUAAGUAUCUGAGCG